GUUCUGACCUCGGAUGAAAGGAUGAAAACUCUUCUGGUCACAUUUUGUUGCUUCUCAGUCGUGUGUACAGAGGCCUCAGACAUCCUGGAGGUGAGCAGCCAUGUUGGUGAAAAGGUCUCCAUCCCUUGUUUUGGUAGCUGGACCGCUAACAGCCCAGAAAACAUCAGCAUGUUCUUCUGCAAAGGCACCUGCUCUAGUGAGAACUCCAACAUCCAGACCGAGACGAAGAGGUCAGCUCUGCCACGGGGGAGAUACAGUAUGGAGUUCAAUGGUGGACAUGGAGUUUGGACUGUGACUAUAAAGAGGCUGAGGAGGGCUGACGCUGGGAGGUAUCUCUGUGGAUUGAGGAGAAGCUCUAACAUCUCAUACCAGGAAGUCAAUCUGAAUAUUGUCAAUGCUCCCAGAGUUCCUCUUGCAGCUCCUCCGUCCCCUAAAACCAGCCUGAAGGCAGAGGAAGUAGCUCAGCCUGAAGGCAGCUUUCCAUCAGCUUCACCAGUAACACUCACGCUUCUCCCUUCAGGGAGGACGGAAAUCCAGGAAGAAGCAAACAGUUUGACAGACACCAAGUUGGUCAUUUUUGUCUCUGGAAGCCUGGCUUGUCUGGUCUGUGCCGUCAUUCCUCUUCUAUUUUACAGACUCUGGCAGAGAAACGCAGGUCAGAACAGACGAGCGGCAAACAAAGCGGAGGAUGGUCAUCAUGAGGAAAGUGUAGUUGCUGCUUCCACUCAGGUGGCAGUGAGUCUUCAGCCUUUGGAGGAUGGUCCAGAGUCCACUGCUGACGAUGACGCUCAGUACGCCUCUGUUUACGAAGGACUGGAUCCAAAAACCAUCGACUGAGCUCCGAUCGCUCUGUUCUCGAGCAGCUUUUUUCAGCUAUUCCCGCUUUACUUUCUGUCCUUUUAGU